CCUCUACUCGUACACCAAUCCGAGAAGUCUAGAUUCUCACGCUUAUAAAAUUAACAAAUAAAUAAACCCCACUUUCCUAGCUCCCAUUGUAGAAUUUUCCUUCUACUAGGACUACCUACUCUGUUCAUAUUCUGAAACUCCAAUUCUAGUGAGGUUUCUUCUCCUUACAAGUUUCCUUUGCUUCUUGCAGUCUUUGUUUUCCAAAACAUGUCAUCUAAACUAACCUCACAAGGUGUGGUAUUAGCCACAGUCAUGGCAGUUUCAAGUACGGUGGUCUUUCUUGCCUUUUCCAAGCAAAAAACGUUGCCCCAUCAAGUACUCUCUGAGAGUCGAGAUUCCGAAUCUCCGACUCCAAGUCAAGACUUACGUUCUUGCUUAAGUACAGAGGGAAAGAGAAAGAAGAAGAGAGUGCAAUUUGCAGAGAAUGUGAAGAAUACAAAAGGGAAUGGUGAUGAGUACAGAAGGGAGAGGCAGAAUCCCUGGAUUACUAGGCGAGAGAGAGAGGUUUCGAAUACAAGAAUGAGCAGAGUUUGCAGAAACGAAAUCCAGGGAAAUCAUGGAAUGCCAGAAAAUAGGGUUGCUUUGUACAGUGGAAUUCUCGUGGACCGUGUACACAAAAUGGAAUGUUCAUAUUUAUUUCAGUAAAUUCUUAAUAAUUCUUACCUCAACUUGUCCUCUAGAAAAUGUGUAUAUAUGAAGGGAGGCUCUGUUAUUUUAAUGCAUCAGAGCCUUUUCCAUAUUAUGGAUUUUUUAAGUCGAAUUAUUGUACAGAAGUUUAUGGAGUUCCUGGAUUUUUCAAUUUUAUUAAUUUUCUUUUUUAAAUA